ACGAACCGUAACCAUGCUCGUAAUCUUUGUUUUGUUUACUAACAAAUGCACCUGGUAACCGGUAGAAAACGAAAGUUUCUUCCCAUUAAUAUAUUAAAUAUAGCUUUAUUUCGAUAAACAUAUUACUUGUAAUUUAUUUUCUUUCAGGAUUAUUAAAUAUAUUUUAUAGCAUUAUGCUGUGAUUGGUGAUUCCGAAGUCGCUAGUAAGGCAGAUAAUUUGUACGUUUGAAUAUUUGGGACUGAUUCUAAAUUAAAAUAUGAUCAAGCGAAUACCUUUUUCUGUUAUAAAAAUUACGGGUGAAGAUGACUAUUAUCCAGCGGCUGAAUUAAAUAAUCAACGCCCAACUGCUAGAGGUUGGAUGUCACCAAAAUUUUGUUCCUAUCCCCAAGUAAUCAUCUUACGAUUGGAAAUGAGGUCAAAACUGUGCAAAUUUCAACUUUUGUCACAUCCAUUUUCUAUUGCUUCCAAAAUUGAACUGCUUGUGGGUGAUGUGAAAAACACUCUGCCUGAAUUGCUUCAAAAUGUUUCGUGGGAAAAACAAGGUGAUAUUCCAUUAUCCGACAACUUGGGGACCAAUUUCAAAGCUAGGGAAUUCAGAUCUGCUAAUUUAGAUAUUAUUGCCAAAUUUGUGAAGAUUAUUCUUCAUCAAAACCAUGUAAAUAAACUAAAUCUGUGUAAUCAGGUCGGCAUCAUCGCUGUCAACGUUAUAGGGGAAGCUAUACUUGAUGGAGGCCCAAUCAAAGCUCGACAUUUGGCAGAUGAACAUGGUAUCACUAACAGGGCUCAGAAUAUCACACAAUAUGAAGAGCUGCCCUUUAACAUGUAUGUGGAUGUGGAAAUUGCGCAACUCAUCAGAGCUCUUGACAAGAAGAAACAAAAAUCUAUUUCAGAUGAUCGAUUUGUGUAUGCAAAGAAACUCAAAUAUGCUCAAAACCAAUUGCUGAAAAUUGGUGAAAAACUAGGAAAGCUGGAUAUCGAGAAAGAAAAUGCUAUAGAAAAGGAAGAUUUUGAUCUGGCUCACGUUAAAAAAGAAGAAAUUGAAAAAAUUAGGCUUGAUACAUAUAAAAGGCUUAAUAUUUCUCAUUUAAUGGAAAUUGAUGGGAAAGUUAUUAAAGAAAAUGAUGAAGACGGUAACAUUCCCAAAUUCUCAUCUAACCCUCCUGCAGAAAUGCUGAAACCAAUGGUUGGAAACUAUGUUAGUCCAGAAGAAAACAUUGUGCCUGCUUUAAAAAAGGGAAAGAAAACUCAGCCAUCAGUUUUUCCAAGGGAUGUUGAUAUUGGAAAAGAUUCUGUUUCAAGCAAGUUAACUGAGAAAGAAAUCAGAGAAGCUUCUUUGCCUAUUGAAGUGUUUGGGCAGUCAUUGGUUGAGAAAAUGUAUUCAAAGUCAUUUGAUCAGAGAGAGGAAGCCAUGAAAGAAUUGCAAAUCUUUUUGGAAAAAUAUCAAAAGAAAGGAAAAUUUCAUCCACCGAGUGAUGUUAUCAAAGGAGCUGCAUUUCUCCUUCAAAAAGCCCUUUGUGACAAAGUGGUUUCAAUAUAUACUGCUGCAUUGAACAUUCUUGCCUAUUGCUUUCAAACAUUCAUUCCAACUCAUCAAGCUUCUAAAGUGGAUGCUUCAUUUCUUGUUGAGCAGAGUAUGCCGGAAAUAAUUAAUAAAUUGGGUGACACAGCACCACGAUUAAAAAAUGCAUCAAUGGAAUAUCUAACUAGUCAACUUCCUUAUUCUGAAUUAGAGAAUUUACAGAUCAUUCCUUUAUAUGUGCUGAGUCUACUUCAGAAUAAUCCAAAUGUUCGUUUAGCUGUUGGAAGAUGUGAAUUAGCAGAGAAACUUGUGAAAGUUUAUCCACCCCAAUCACACAGUUCAUUGAGUCUGCCAAAAGUUAUGCCAUUCUUUGUAGAUGCGUUGCAUCAUCCGUCUGCUUCUGUAAGAUCCUCUGCGGAGAGGGUGAUUCUUCAUCUCUAUGAGCAAAAUGGGAAUAAAGUUCGGAAGUUCAUACCUUUUGAUUCUGAUUCCUCUAAGCGGAACAUAAUGCAUCGUCGUCUGAUUCAGGCUUUUGAUAAAAUUGACAAACAAGUAAUAUUUUUUUAUUUAGUUUCUAUCUUUUUUCUUUGUUGUAAGGAUCAAAAUUAUGAUUAUUUUGUUUUUCUUUUUAUUAUUUUAGUUUUGUUUAUUUUAUAUAUUUAUAGAACUUGCAUAUUUUGCGAGAAGACUAGUGACAAGUUUACGCCUGAUGGAUUGGAUGAACAUUAUGACCUGGAGUGCCCUAUGCUUGCCAGAUGCUCUAACUGUAACCAGAUAGUUGAAAUUGCUGGUUUAACAGAACAUCACCUAGAUGAGUGUGUAGCCAAAAGUCAAUACAAGCAGUGUCCCCUGUGUCUUGAAGCAGUGCCUUCUUUGAAUUAUGAAGACCAUGUAAAAAUCAGGACUUGCACUAUGGCUAAAUCAAGUAAUGAGGCUAACCACUGCCCUCUUUGUCACCAAAACAUUGAACCUGGUGAAAACGGAUGGAGAAUCCAUUUGAUGGGAGAAAAUGGUUGUGUUUUUAAUCCUAGGCAGAAAGAUAAAAAGAAUCCCAAAAAAAUUAUUUUAAAGAAAAAGUAAAACUGUCAAGAAGUCCUGGAAGGAAAAACUGAACAUUUUGAUACUCGGAGAUUUCAUGCUAAAUUUAAUUGUUGCACAUUUUUUUUGCUUGUAAAAAGAAAUAAAGCUAAUGUUCAGAUUA